UGAUUUUAACGAAACAAACUUAAGUCAAUUAAAUGAUAGUUUAUAUGCCAUUGAUUGGUUUGAAUUGACUAAAUCAUGUCAAACGCCAAACAUAUUGUAUGAGACAAUUGAAUGCAAAUAUAAAAGGAAAACAAUGCCAUAUUAUUUAUCAGUCUCUGUGUCUGUGGUAUUAGUUUCAAAGUCAUGGCAAAGCAUACAUUUCUAGUGAUAUCAUGUGUGCUAUACAUUGGCUACACGUAUGGCCAACAACAGCAACGACAGGGCCCACCGCCCCCUUCCCGGGGAGGCCCGGGUGGUCGAGCCCAGGGAGGACUGGCCAACAGUCCUAUUAUGCAAAUCAAAAAGUCGGUGGACAAGAAAUUAUGCUCCGAUACAGACUAUCCACAGGAUAUUAUCACCCGGAUUGAGGACUGCGACAAAUUUGACCCCCACUACAAGAUUGAUAUGAUGUAUAAGGAAUGCCAGGAUAUUAUGCCUAAAGGGGAGCUCAGUUGGAAUGAUAGGCGAAAAUAUAAUUGUAAAGUUAGGGACUGUUAUGAACGCAAAUACCAAUCGCCAGACUAUAACAAGACAUGGGAUGAGAUCAGAAAGUUGUCCGACUUUGAGAUCGAGAAGAGACAGAUCCAGAAAUUUGAAUGCUUGGAAAAGGCUUUGUAAUGCUAACCUUAUGGCAUAUUAAAGCUGAUCAUGAUAAUUCAUAAUGUUAAUUACAUUAAUUAUUUUUUAAUUAUAUUACAUUUAUUUGUAUAAUGCUAUUGAGAGUUGUAUUUAGGAAAACACAUUAAAAAUAAAUAAUUUUUGCCCAUAA